AUGAACUUCUUCGAGGGAAAGCGCGUGCGAAAGCUUCGCGACACCUUCAAUGAGGCGCUAGAGAUCACUCUCCAGCCACAAACACCGGAGGAGUUCGCCGCCGCCCUGAGCGGGCUCGACGCCGAGAUGCACGAGCCCCUGUACGACCUGUACUGCCAGCUGCUGCAGGGCAUCGGCACGUUCAGCGUGGACGAGUUCGACGCCAUCAUGCGCGAGGAGGCGAUGGUGCCGCGGCUUAACGCUCUCGACCAGGCGUGUGAGGCGAGGGGCAUCAUGGGGCUGGGCGCCGGCGAAGGUGAGAGCGUGAUGCCGCUCGCGAGGCCGCCGGAUGCGGUCAUGCGCGCGCUCCGAGCGGAUGUAAAGAGGCGCGAGGCGGAGUCCAUCCGCGCCAAGCUGGCGGAGGCGGAGGAGCAGGCGGCGGAGGCUCGACAGAGGCUGAAUGAUAAGAGCAAGCAGGCGCGUGAGAUGGCGCAGGGUCUCAGGGCAGGCGCGGCGGACCUGCAGGGGGUGCAUAAGAGCUCCAUGGAGUGGGCGGCGAGGGCGCCCACGUUUCCCGCGGGUGCGGGAGCCGGGCCCGCCGCGCCGCCAACCACCGCGUGA